AUGGACUCUUCGCAUGAAUCUUGUUAUUCAGACCGGAAGCUCCGUUGUGUCGUCUUCCGUGUUUCUGCAAACAAGCUACGAAAGAAGUCAAUGCUACAUUCUUUAACAACCUAUGGGUGGUAAAAUUCCAAAAUAUGUACGCUGAUGCAGUCCCGGAUGCAGAGUGCCGGCAGUCGUUGCAGCACUAGGCCCAUUUCCCACAGUGUCUUGGCUGUGGUGGUGUGUCUUGCUGCUUUACUUAUAUGUAAUGUCAUCAUCUACUUUUACCUGGAUUCACUGUACAACAGUAAUGGACAACAGGUGUCUUCUUCUCCUGGCUGCGGACCAGGAUAUUUCAAAAUGGCCACCAUGAAGAACUGCACUCCAUGGCUCCAGUGUGCAGAAAUAAAUAAUGAAGUGCGUAGGUUAAAACUUAUUGGCCAAGGAGCAGUAAAGCAGGUGUAUUUGGCAGAAUGGAGAGGUCAGAAGGUAGCUCUAUCCAUCCUAACUUCACCUAAAUACUCAGAGGAUUUUCUCCAUGGUUUGUCCAUGUUGCAAGCCCUGCAAGGUCCCAAAGUCGUUCAGCUGGUUGGUUUCUGUCUCCAUGAUCAUUCCUCGGUGACAGAGUACCACCCUCUUGGCUCACUACUUAACUUGGAUUCUGUGCUCUCACAAGUUCACUACCUUAAACACAACACAUGGCAGGUGCGUCUCAGGCUGGCUAUGGACUAUGUCUCCAUACUCCAUUACCUCCACACAAGUCCUGCUGGGUGCCGUGUGAUGUGUGACUCCAACAGUUUAGAGAAAACCCUUUCCCAGUUCUUGCUGACAAAUGAUUUACAUCUUAUAGUAAAUGACUUAGAUGCUCUGCCUGAAGUAGACAAACACAAGAAUUUAUUAGUAAAGUGUGGGCAUCGAGAGCUAUCUGGGGACUUUGUAGCCCCUGAGCAGCUGUGGCCUUUUGCUAAGGAUGGCAAGCCCUUCUCAGAUGAUCUCAUGCCCGGGUACGAUGAAAGGACCGACAUUUGGAAGAUACCCGAAGUGACACAGUUCCUGAUGGGAAGAGUACCUGGGGGCGAUUUAGUUCACUUCCAUCUUUUUCAAAUCCAUGAGGAAUGCAAGAAAAAAGACCCAAGACUUCGGCCAGUGGCUCAGCAAGUUUUAAACGUGUACAAAACAGUUUACAGUAAUAUGGUGAGGGAGAGCUCAGGUGUAAGAGAAAUGCUAUGAAGUAAGAUAACACAAUGUUUUGGUAAUUAUAGAUGAACAAUGUUUAAAUAAGUUUGGUAUGUAGUCUGUUUAAAUAAAUACAACAUACUGUAAA